AUGACCAGAGAAUCCGUCCCUCUGCCCGGUCUCAGGGCUUUGACAACUGCCUUCUUUCUCGCCCGCAUCGCUGAGGGCAAGGCUUACUGUGCCGACCUGGACAACAAGGUCGUACAGUACGACAGCUGCGCGAGCAACAUAGAACAAUCUGCCGACACAUUCUUCAUGUUCAGCAGUGACGACCAAAACAUUUCUUUGGGCUCCACCAUCGACCCUAGCAAAACAGACCUAUUUGACAGCUCGGACCCUGUUGAGCGGCAGAACGUCCUCCUCCCAUUGGACAUGGAGUCCGGUGGCUUCGGAAAACGUCAGGACGGGUGCGGCGGCGGCGGGAGUGGCUCGGGCGGCGGAUCGAGCGGCGGAGGGGGUGGAAACACUGGAGGCAUGGUCGGAGGGUAA